AUGCCCGCUGUUUUCCUCUUCCAAAGGUUCACAUACCGCUCAUUAUUACAUCCUUACGCAGUGUUUAUCCUCAUUUUUCAGUCCUCCUCCGUUGAACUAUUCUUGAACACCGUCACUAUGAAGUUCAUUGCUAUCGUUGCCUCCCUGGCCUCCGUCUCCGUUGCCGCCAACGUGUCUACAACUGUGACAUGCCCUGACUGCAAGACGCCCUCCUCAACCAACGACGUUGUCACUCGCUCGCCUCUCCCUACCACCAGCUGCGAUUCGCCCUCCCUCACCGUUGUUAAGACCGGCAGUGCUCAGAGCACCGGCGGCGUGAGCACCGGCGGCAACAACCCCGGCGGCAACAAUCCCGGUACGUCUGGUAGCCAGACCAACCCUACUAGUGUCCCCGUCACUGGCGGUGCAGCCCGUAUUGCCGGCAGCGCCGUGGCCGCUGUCGUGGCUUUUGCUGUUCUGCUGUAA